AUGAAGCUGCGCAGGUGGCUCACCAUAAUCUACACGACGAUAGGAGCUCGUUUGCUGACACUCCCCCUCGUCGUCAAGCAGCAACGGAACACCGCGAAUAUGACAAUGGCUCGGCCAGAAAUGAUGGCACUGAAAGACUGGUACACUGAAGAGACUGCGAGAGGCAAUCCAAAAGCAACCACGGAGUACCAACAGCGGCUGGCAAACCUGUGGCAGAAGUACGACUGCAAUCCCUUCAAGAGCAUGCUGGGCAUCCUGGCCCAGGCGCCGCUCUUCAUUGGCUUCUUCUCUGCCCUGCGAGCCCUGUCUGCCGCCAAGGUGCCGUCGAUGACAGAAGGCGGCGUGGCAUGGUUCACGGACCUGACGCUGGCGGACCCGUAUUAUGCGCUGCCGAUCAUGUCUAGCGCGGUGUUCCUGCUGACGGUGGAGCUGGGCGCGGCGGACGGCAUGCAGGGGCAGGACGAGGCGAUGCUGCGGCGCAUGAAGAACAUCUUCCGAGCAAUCGGCGUCGCCAUGGUGCCCCUCACCGCAUCAUUCCCCCAGGGCGUGUUCUUGUAUUGGGUGACCUCCAACAUCUUCUCCCUGGGUCAAUCGGUGCUAUUCAAAUUGCCGGCCGUACGCAAGACGCUGAAGCUGCCAGACCUGGCCAAGAUGCGAGCGACAGCCACAGGAUUGCCGAUCACAGAGGCUGGGAAGCCCUUGGUUACAUUUGCGCAGCCUCCCAAGCAAAGGAAGGCCAAGACAACAUAA